CAUUUUAUGCCACCAGCUUCCACUCCCAAAGCUUCGGGGUGAACUUUUUCCACAUCGACAUGGUAUCGAGCCUUUCAGUGCCCUUGCCUGGCAGUGGAACUGGAGGAAAUGCAUCCUUCUCGGCCACCUAUCCAAAAGCGCGAAAGCCAAGAACUGACAAGCUUAGUGUCCUUGCGCAUUGCGCCAGUGGAGGAGGCGUCAGUUUCGGCCCACCGCGCCCAAAGCCCAAGAAGGUGCCAUCCCCGGCAAUCACGCCCAUGUCCUCCAUCGGGCUCACCCCGCUGGUGGCAGCGGUGAGCUCUGCGGGGAAGGCCGCUUGGCCUGAGGAGCUGCAGGAACUGCCAACCCUACCCGAGGCGGAGCUGCCAGUGGAGGAGGUUUCAGGAGAUCAGCUGAGGACAAGUGAGUUAACUGCUUCUCCGAAGAGGAAAAAACCCGUAUACCUGGGCCAAUACUUUGGGAACUGCGUCCCUCGCCUUGAUGGCUCUAGUGAGCGGUCCUCGCUGGCUGGGAAGCUGCGGUCGGGGGAGCCGCGAGCCAAAUCCUACACACCAGCCAAGACCAUUGGAGAGGCAGUGGCGCCUUGCUACGUGCACCCGCCAAAGUGGUCUUUCGGUGGAGGCAAAACCCGGAGCACCACCUUGUCGGCGACGGAUGGAGGUGGCAGUCUUUCAUGUGGAAGCCUUGCCAGCCUCAAGCGCAAGCCCAAACGUAGCUUGUCACGUGGCUUCGGCAGUGGACGGGGCACCACGAGGCGGCCUUCAGUCUCUCCUGGCCCCGGAAGCUACGACCUUGUGAGGGUGGGUGAUGAGGUGCCCCAGUGGUCCUCCAGGUCGCUUUUGCCAUGGGGGACACGCACAGGUGGCCGUAGCCAGUUGGUGCACUCAGCCUCGGACGUGGGCCCUGGCGAGUACACUGCAGAGCAGGGCAUGGAGCUGGGCCCGACUGCCAAGAUUGGGCAGAAGCUGCAAGAGCUGCCAGACUCGCGGAUCAAUUAUCCAGCUCCAGGGCACUAUCCACUGGGAAGCACCUUGUGUCCGAAGAAGCCAUACAAGAAAGGCUGCCCUAGCCCAGGAAUUAUGGGCUCUGGGCAGCGUUCCACCAUGUCAUCGAAAGAUGAUGGUCCUGGCUUUGUGUAUCAUCCAGGUGUGGAGCCCACCACGCGCGCCCAGUUCUGGAGCCAGGGCGAGCGCAAGAGUUGGUUGGAUGCCGAUCCCGAUGACCCGCCAGGGCCAGGAGCAUACAACCUUGGCAGCUGCCUACAGGAUGGUGAGGGGAGUCCUUCAGGCUGGCCGAAGGAUGAGAAGCAGUUCCGCAAGAUGGAUGGCUUACUGCCCGCCGAUGUGCCGGGCCCGGAGUAUGAUGUGCCCUUCGAAAGGCUCGGAUGGAAGAUUGGAUUCCGAGGGCGGCUUGCACCUCCCAAGGAGGAGCAGAAGCUCUCACCUGAUGCAUACCAUCCCAGCACUGAGCUGGUGACCUAUUGUGCUGGCGUGCCAAAGCCAAUGCACCGCACCGCUGAGCGGCGCAGCAUCUUCGACGUGGCGGCAAGCCACGAGGGUGCUGCUGAGGCUUUGUUCAAGCGAGCGCUGAAGGGGCUUGGCGAGGAUGCAGAAGCUGGCAAGUCAGAGAUGUACGAGAGCAGCGGCCCAAGCUGGUCAUUGAUGCCCCGGAGACCUCCAGCCAAGAAGGAGGAAGGAUGUACAUCCAUGUACGGACCUUGGUCAUCAAUCAACUAAAGGAAAAGCAUAAAUUAUUACUACAUAAAUACAUAAAACGGAAUGAUCAGGACGGACAAUGGAAGUGCACGCCGAAAUUUGGUGCCUCGACCGUUCGGUACUUUCGGAUCUUUAUAUUCAUAAAAACACACACACAAAUAUGUAUAUAUAUAUAAAUAUUACGAAAGCCAGCCGUAGGCUAGGCUGAAGGUCUGAAUAGCGAACGAAGUGAGUAUUUGGGGGUCUGGGGACUUAGUGGGGACAACCGGCAAAAAGUGGGUGGACGCGAUUUGAGCAAAAUUGCAAGUUUUGAGGAGGCUGUGGAUGCAAGUGAUGCAAUCAAACGGGGGCUGUCAUGAUGUAAAUGAUGCAAUGGCGUGGGUGAAGAAGAAGGAAAGAUAAGGAAGGAACAAGCAAGAAGAAGAAGAAGAAGAAGAA